GUGGUAACCACCGACUUCACUCCGGCCACGCCAUCAGCAUGAGUGGGGACGACACCAGCAUGCAAUUCCCUCCCCAUCCACCUCCUCCUCAAUGCUUGCUCCUUUCCCUUCCCCCCGUCUCCCUUCCUCACCCACAGGUGGUAACCACCGACUUCACUCCACGCCACGCCAACAGCCACUUUCCCCUUGCCCCAUCCUCCCAUUCUCCAAUUCCCUUCUAUCCCUUUCUCCCUUCUUGCCUUUUCAACCUACAGGUGGUAAUCACCGACUUCACUCCCCGCCACGCCAACAGCAUGAGUGGGGAAGGCACCACCAACCCAUCCCCAUCCAACUCAUCUCCCUCCUCUUCCUCCGCUCCCUUCCUUGAGCUCAUAGCCGAGUGGUUACUGCUAGCCUCCUCCCAUUUCUUCAUCAUUCCCAACUCUGGCUUCUCCCGCACGGCGCUGCUCUACUCCAUGCAUCCUGCAGGGUCUGCCUUUAUGCCGCCUGAUAACUGCUUCCCUGACGUGCCUGUUAGUCUCACAUGGCUCGGAACCACAUGGAGCAGAGUAUAA